AUGAUUGAUCUGAUGAGCAAUGAUUAUCUAAAGCAAUAUGAUGAAUUCAUAGAUACGUACCAUGGGCUCUUUCAUUUGCAAUCAACUGCUUCUCUCGAGGACGUUUUACAUUUAAUUGAUUCUGUUCUGAUUUCCAAAUAUCAAAUGCAUAUAACUGACUUGGUUUCAAGCUUGUUCGUAGCUAUUCAAUUCAAUUAUCGAUCUGUUCGACUUUAUUUGAAUAUUAUCAAUCAAAUCUUUACUAAAUACACUUUUUCCACAUCCGAAUAUAAUGUUUUGCGCCGAACAUCUGAUCAAAUAAACAUAAAUAUUGCCCCAAAUUCUAAUAACGUUUAUAAAGUUAAUUUAGACUUGAAAGAAUUCCCAAAAGAAGAUGAAAUCGAAUAUAUAAUAAUGUAUGAUCAAAUCGACAGAUUUAUGAGAAACAUAACUGAAAUAGCAAUUGAUAAUAUUUACAUAGAUGUUUUUAACUUCCCUCCUCUUUCAGCUAUUGAAGCUGCAGCUUAUUUUGGAUCAGUGAACAUUUUCUUUUUCCUUCUUUCAAAUUUAAACAAAAAAAUAACGCCACAAUGUCUUCAAUACUCAUUAAUUGGAGAAAAUACCGACAUCAUCAAUGAAUGUUUAAAAAAACAUGAAAUUGAUGAGGCCUGCUUAUAUUGCACUGUUAGAUCUCAUAACGAUGAAUUCUUGAAAUAUAUUAUAGAACAUGAUAUUUGUGAUAUUAAAGAUAUUGAGACUUCUGCAGUUAUUCUCUCACAAAACUUGAAAGCACUUUUCCUUAUGUUCGAGAAAGAUAAGAAUUCAAUAAUUCCAUGGUGUGCAGCAAUUCCGCAAUCACUCGAAAUUCUCAAGCACAAUGAUUUCGAUUAUGCAUAUAUAGAUCCUGUCUUAGGAACUCUUCUUAGUGUUGCAACUACUUACAAUAAUUAUGAAAUUUGUAAAUUAUUAUUAGAAAAUGAUGAAGUUUGCAAAACAAUAAUUAAUCUAAGAAGUAAUUUAGAUAACCCUCCUUUGCUUUAUGCAGUUAAGAAUAACUAUAUAGAAAUCGCUAAGCUUUUAAUAUUAAGAGAUGCUGAUUUGAACGCAAAAGAUCUUGCGGGACAAACUGCUCUCCAAAUAGUGUCCAUAUAUAACUGUAAAGAAAUUGCGGGGUUUCUAAUUUCAAAUGGUGCAAAUAUUAAUGAAAAAGAAAUCAAAACCAAAAAAUCUGCAAUUCAUUUUGCGGCUGCUAACAAUUCUGUAGAUGUAUUAAAUAUUUUAAUUACAAAUGGAGCAGAUGUCAAUGAUAAAGCAAAAGAAAAAGCUACGCCACUAUAUUUUGCUAUAUUAAGUCACCACAAAGAAGCCUCAAAAUUUCUUAUUUCUCAUGGUGCUGAUAUCAAUUUCAAGGGUAAAUAUGGAAUUACUCCUCUUAUUUUUGCAACACGUAGGAAUUUGAAAGAGAUUGUAGAACUACUAAUUUCAAAUGGUGCAGAAAUAAAUGCGAAAACUGAUUUAGGUUUGUCAGCAUUGCAUCAUGCAGCUUCUCAAAAUUAUAAAGAUAUUGCAGAAUGUCUUAUUUUGCAUGGUGCAAAUGUUAAUAUUAAAGAUAAUGGUGGUCAUACUCCUCUUUAUUACGCAGCAGGAAACAAUGGUAAAGAUGUUGUUAUACUACUUAUCUCAUAUGGCAUAAACGUUUAUAAUAAAGAAGAUAUUAAUUCUAGUCUUUUCAUUGCAGUAGCCAAAAAUAAUAAAGAAAUAACUAAAAUUCUUAUAGAUAAUGGUGCUGAUAUUAAUACAAAAGAUACACAUGGACUUUCAGUUCUUCACAUCGCUGUGCAAAAAAUAUUAUCACAAAAUUACAGAAUUCCUUAUUUUGCAUGGAGCAAAAAUCAAUGCUCAAGAUAA